AUGUCUGUUACCACAACCCCUUUGGAACCCCUAGCCCCCUACAGUGUGUCCAUCCCAGAGUCAGGUGAGGCUCAACCAGUUUUUCUUUGUACGAGUUGACUUGCUGUUACCAUAAUCUUAUCCUCUAAUGUUAACACUUCACCUAGUAACUAAUCAUGCCACCUUUCUUUCUCUCUCUCCCUCUUGUGCUUUCUUUAUCUUCCUGUACAGAAAGGACAAGGCAUACCAGGAUUGUGGCGAUCCGUGUGACCCUUACCAUCCUGUUGGGUGUCUUGGUAAUGGGCCUUGCGUUCAUCUACAGGCACCAUGAGAAAAUUAAACAGUUCCUUCAACAUCCACUAUGGCUACCAGACCACUAUCGUGAGGUACGUCUGUCCUGUGAAACACCUAUUAUUUAGUGUGAGACACCUAUUAAUGGGACUCCCCUGCUUAAAUAAAAUAAGUUGCCUUGUCCGAGCCAGAAUGGCCCAUAGGGCAGGAGCCAAUCUCCUGUUUCUGUAGUGUGAGGCAGCUUGAUGUACAGUGCCUUGCAAAAGUAUUCAUCCCACUUGGCUUUUUUCCUAUUUUGUUGCAUUACAACCUGUCAUUUAAAUUGAAAUAAGCAAACACGUUUGGUGUUCGCCAAAAGCCUUGUGGGAGCCUCCCCAAACAUAUGGAAGAAGGUACUCUGGUCAGAUGAGAUAAAAAUUGAGCUUUUUGGCCAUCAAGGAAAACACUGUCUGGCGCAAACCCAACACCUCUCAUCACCCCGAGAACACCAUCCCCACAGUGAAGCAUGGUGGUGGCAGCAUCAUGCUGUGGGGAUGUUUUUCAUUGGCAGGGACUGGGAAACUGGUCAGAAUUGAAGAAAUGAUGGAUGGUGCUAAAUAUAGGGAAAUUCUUGAGGGAAACCUGUUUGUCUUCCAGAGAUUUGAGACUGAGACAGAGGUUUACCUUCCAGCACGACAAUGACCCUAAGCAUACUGCUAAAUUAACACUCGAGUGGUUUAAGGGGAAACAUUUAAAUGUCUUGGAAGGGCCUAGUCAAAGCCCAGACCUCAAUCCAAUUGAAAAUCUGUGGUAUGACUUAAAGAUUGCUGUACACCAGAGGAACCCAUCCAACUUGAAGGAGCUGAAGCAGUUUUGCCUUGAAGAAUGGUCAAAAAUCCCAGUGGCUAGAUGUGCCAAGCUUAUAGAGACAUACCCCAAGAGACUUGCAGCUGUAAUUGCUGCAAAAGGUGUCUCUACAAAGUAUUGACUUUGGGGGGGUGAAUAAUUAUGCACGCUCAAGUUCUGUUUUUUUGUCUUAUUUCUUGUUUGUUUCACACACACACAAAAAAGUGCAUCUUCAAAGUGGUAGGCAUGUUGUGUAAAUCAAAUGAUACAAACCCCCCCCAAAUCCAUUUUAAUUCCAGGUUGUAAGGCAACAAAAUAGGAAAAAUGCCAAGGGGGGGUGAAUACUUUCGCAAGCCACUGUACAAGUAGCCUACAUCCCCAGGGCAAAAUGCAACAACUUUCAUGAUUGGUUAAUUUUCCAGUACCCAUAAGGUUACUUCCCCCAGCAGGCCCUGUCCAUCACAAGAACAACCAGUCCCUGUGAAGAACACCAUGAUCUCAUCUCCAUCGUCUUCUGUGAAGAGGACCAGUCUGACUGCUAUCUGAGUCCUGAGUCUGACAGAGAACAGGACUAA